UUUUUUCUCUCUCCCCCUUUUUUUUUGUUGUUUACUAUGCCUUUUUCGACUCUUCUUUCAAGGUCAAAAUCAGUCCUUUUAAAACUAAACCAUAGGAAACGACCGAGUCAGUCCUCUACUUUAAGUUUGUCUCUCUCUUCUUGCUCAUCUGACAUACUAGACACUUUUCUUGACAACACAAAUUCAAAGCACCUUUAUAAACGAGCCAACGAUUAUUUAUUUGGAAGACAUGGUCACUCUGUAUCUUCUAAACUCGCAGUUGCUUAUUUGAUCAAAGCCACUGCUCUAGGCAAUGCCAAGGCUGAAGGUGUCCUUGGCUUUUGCUAUGAAUUUGGCAUAGGUGUCGAGACUGAUUUUGUACAGUCUGAACAUCAUUAUUUAAAUGCAGCCAAACGCAAUGAUGGCCUUAGCAUGGCUCGAUUGGCCUUUUUAAGAAAAUACGGGCGGCCCAAUGUGAAGAUUGACCGUGUUGAAGCAGAAGAAUGGGCAGAACGCAUUCGCCAUAAACCCAGUGCGAUUCAGUGGAUCCUUGAAGCAGCUUCUCUUCAUCAUGACCCUGCUGCUCAAUAUACGUUGGGUGUAUGCUAUCAUGAUGGUAUUGCUGUCACUAAAGAUGAACAUGCUGCCUUUCGUUGGUACAAAGCAAGUGCAGAUCAAGGCAAUGCGCGUGGACAAGGCAUUUUAGGUUAUUGUUAUGGUGAAGGUUUUGGUGUCCCCAAGAACGAAAGGACCGCCAUGAAAUGGUAUCGCUUGGCAGCUGAACAAGGUGAAACUGUCGCUAUUUACAACAUUGGUUAUUGUUACGAAGAUGGCAUCGGAGUCGAAAAAGACGUGCACGAGGCUGUCAAAUGGUAUCGAUUGUCUGCUGAACAAGGCAAUGCGUUUGGACAAAACUCGCUCGGUUAUUGUUACGAAGACGGGAUUGGUGUCGAGGAAGAUCAACAAGAGGCUGUCAAAUGGUACAAGUUGUCUGCAGAACAAGGUUAUCCUUGGGCCGAAUGUAACCUCGGCUAUUGUUAUCAAAAUGGGAUUGGACUCCCCAAAGAUGAUACCUUAGGUGCUUAUUGGUACAGGCGUGCUGCACUUCAAGGGCAUGCAAGAGCGCAGCAUAACUUGGGCUUCUGUUACCAAAACGGGAUUGGUGUCGAAUGCAAUGAAAAAGAAGCAGUGAAAUGGUACCGUCGAUCGGCUGAACGAGGCAAUAUCUUUGCCUACCACUCCCUUGGCUAUUGUUAUCAAAACGGGAUUGGUGUUGCUGUGAACGAACAAGAGUCUGUAUUUUGGUAUUAUCUGAGUGCUGAAGAAAACCACCCACCCGCGCAAUUAUCGUUGGGCUAUUGCUACCGAAAUGGAAUCGGGGUACCAAAAAACGAGGCAGAGGCCGUAAAAUGGUUCAAACGUAGCGCAGAACAUGGAAAUGCGCUUGCUCAAAACUCACUUGGUUUCUGCUUUGAGGAAGGCAUUGGUCUCAAAAAAGAUACAGCACGUGCAGUCUAUUGGUACCACAAAUCAGCGAAACAGAAUAAUCCUUGGGCACAAUGUAACCUCGGUUUUUGUUAUGCGAAUGGGAUAGGUGUUCAAAAAGAUGACGUGAAAGCAGUCGAAUGGUAUAAGCGUGCUGCUGCUCAAAACCACGCACGUGCAUUAGAUAAACUGGGCAUUCACUUGCAAGGUGGCAUAGGCAUUCAACAAGAUUUGCAGGCUGCUUUUGAAAUGUUUAAAAGGGCUGCUCAAAGUGAUCACAUUUCUGCCCAGUUCCAUUUGGGAAACUGCUUUGAAAAAGGUCUAGGCUGUCCUGUGGAUAUAAAUCAAGCAACAUACUGGUUUGAACGUGCUGCUUUAGCGGGUUGUCGAAAUUCACAUGAAAGACUUCGAUUAUUGAUUGUAAGAGAAUGUUUAUUAUCACCAGAAAGCUUUUCUUCACUAUCAACAAUGAAUGAAGAGGAUCUGAUUUAUGGUGGACUUAUUAUUGGCCAUAGUGCACCAGCUGCAUAAAAUACACACAUACACACAUACACACAUACGCAUAUAUUCAUACAUUCAUAUUAUUUGUUCAUGAAUUCAUGACAAUUUAUACCAUAGCAUUUUGUCCUUUUUCUUUUUUUAUACUAGUUAUGAUCAAAUCAAUAAUAAUAAUAAAAAACAUUAAAUUUAGAGCAAGUGAGCGGACAAUCAAAAUGACAAAAAGAAAGGUCACACGCCUUGACUUGUAUCACUGACAUCUCUAUCAUUGAUCCCCUCUGAAAUCAAACCAAAAUCAGCCGGUUAUUU